AUGCGUCAGGCGGGCAUAAACUUUGUUGUGUUUUACGGCUCCCAGACGGGCAACUCUCAGCAGCUGGCAGAGCAGUUGGCCAAGGAAGGUCGCAAUCGAUUUGGUCUGGAGGCCAUGGCUGCAGAUCUUGCCGAUUUCGACUAUGAAACUCUUUCUAUGUUUGCAAAGGAAAGCGUGGCGGUCUUCGUUCUCUCCUCCUAUGGCGAAGGCGAGCCAACAGACAACGCGGUUGGAUUCUUUGAUUUCAUGACUCAAGGACCCAUCUUCUCGGACAGUGACCAGCUUGAUUCUCCUCUCCGAGACAUGACUUAUGCGGCAUUUGGACUGGGCAACAGCACGUACGAGCAUUACAAUGCUGUUGUCCGGAAGGUUGACUCUGUUCUACGGAGUCUUGGUGCCAACAGGCUGACGUAUGUUGGAGAAGGCGAUGAUGCACAGGGGACUGCCGAGGAUUCAUUCAUCAGCUGGAAGGACGCCUUUUGGCAGUCUCUUCGAGAACUCAAAGGCCUUGAGGAGCGUAAGGCACCAUUCGAGCCCUCAUUGGUAGUCACCCCAUACCCACCGGACACUAUGGACCACAGUGAGAAGGAUAAGACGAUACUCGAACUUGCUAAGACUCAGAAUGAUCCCACGGGUACUCAGAAAUGGGUGUUUGUUCAAGUGGCAAAGUCCGAAGAGCUCUUCAGCUCCCCAAGUCGCCAUUGCACACAUCUAGAAUUGGAUAUUCGAGGGACUGGCAUAACCUAUGAGACUGGAGACCACGUUUCCAUCUGGCCCGUCAACGCGAAUGAGGAGAUUGAAAGAUUCUUGCGGGUUUUCGGGCUUCUAGAGCACCGUAAUACUCAAUUCAACAUCUCGGCCACCCACUCGACAGCGCGCAUCCCCAUCAUAGCCACUACGACCUACGAUACCGCCGCGCGCCACCUGUUGGACAUUGCAGGCCCCGUAUCGAGGCAAUCACUAAGUGUCCUGGCGCAAUUCUCAACUGACGAGACCCAAAAGCUUUCCUUUUUUAGAUUGGCCCACGAGAGUACCCAUUUCCAUCAUGUUGUCAGCAGCCAACUACUCAACUUGGCUCAGUUGGUCGAGGCCAUCAGCCCGACAAGCAAAUCCUUACCAGUACCAUUUGCAGUCUUGUUGGAGUGCGUCAAACCCCUCCAACCCCGAUACUACUCCAUCUCGUCCUCUUCCCUGGUCCAACAAGACACGCUGUCUUUAACAGUAGUCGCAGAUACUGUUGAGCUUACCGACAGGCAAUUCCAUGGCGUUGCGUCAAAUUUUCUGCUGGCUCUGAAAAAGCACCACAAUGAAGAGCAGACCAAAGCUGGGGAAAUCACGUACGAUCUCGCAAAGUAUAAAACAGACUAUGGGUUUGGCCUUCCAAUACACAUCCGGCAGUCGACCUUUAGACUGCCCAGCGAUGCCAGCAGUCCCAUCAUCAUGAUUGGACCAGGUACUGGUGUAGCUCCUUUUCGUGCCUUUGUUCAGGAGAGGUCGGUGCAGAUGCAGGCCGGAGUACCUGUGGGAAAAUCAGUCCUCUUCUACGGAUGCCGCAACCAGUCUGAGGACUUUAUGUUUGGGACCGAGUGGCAGGCUGCCUACGAGAUCUUAGGUGAUAGCUUCGAAAUGCACACGGCCUUCUCACGUCAGACAAGCGAAAAAGUGUACGUCCAGCAUCUGCUAUCAAAGCACGCUUCUAAAAUAUUGCCGCUGCUCUUAGACCAACGUGCUUAUCUUUACAUCUGCGGUGAUUCAUGCAUGGCUCGUGAAGUGCAGCAUACUCUACAAGAGCUGAUUGGCUCCCUCUCGCCAGUGGAUGGGGAACUAUUCCUUCACAACCUCAAAGAUUCCGGACGUUAUCAGGAGGAUGUGUGGUAG